AUGGCUGUAAGGAAGGACCACAAGCAACCUGCAUGUGCGGUUAUUGGGCGCCGGCCUCGUGCUUCUUACAAAGCGCGCUGGGAGCUGAGGAGGAGCUGCCUGCGGGCUGCUAAACCUGCUUACAGAGCGGAGCGGCUGAUCCGGAGGAACCUCCCCAACCAGCCCGGAGGGAGCUCUGCUCCCCGGCCCGGCGCAACUCAGCAGCCCCACAGCCCGCCGUGCCUCGCACCCCCCACACGGCCACAGAGCGCCCUCAGCGCCGAGCGGAGCCGCCCCGCCUCGUCCCACCCCCACGGCUGGGGUCUCCGCCCCGCCCUUCAACGCCGGCGCUGCGGCCGCGCGGUGCGGAGUGGAGCUGCGGUGCUCGGCAUGGCCGGUCCGGCGCGGCGCCUCGCGGCCCUCCUGCUGCUGCUGUGCGGCUGCCUCUGCCCCUGCCGGGCCGGUCUGUACGUCAGGGAAGGGCAGCACUGCUACAAGCCGGCCCCGCGCAGGGCGCCGGGGCUGAGAACCUACCCCCGGCCUCACGAGCUCCUGGACGUCGCCAAGCUCCCGCAGAGCUGGGACUGGAGGAACGUCAAUGGCGUCAACUACGCCAGCACCACCCGCAACCAGCACAUCCCUCAGUACUGCGGGUCCUGCUGGGCCCACGGCAGCACCAGCGCCCUGGCAGAUCGAAUCAACAUAAAGAGGAAAGGUGCAUGGCCUUCUGCCUAUCUCUCCGUGCAGAAUGUGAUUGAUUGUGCUAAUGCAGGAUCCUGUGAGGGUGGAGACCACACAGGUGUUUGGAUGUACGCCCAUGACCACGGGAUUCCAGACGAGACCUGUAACAACUACCAAGCUAAGAACCAAAAGUGCAAAAAGUUUAACCAGUGUGGAACGUGUGUCACUUUUGGAGAAUGCCAUGUGAUUAAGAACUACACCCUCUGGAAAGUUGCUGACUAUGGUGCUGUCAGCGGAAGGGAAAAAAUGAUGGCAGAAAUCUAUGCUAAUGGACCAAUUAGCUGUGGUAUAAUGGCUACUGAGAAGCUGGAUGCUUACACUGGAGGACUCUAUACCGAGUACAACCCCUCACCCACAGUGAAUCACAUUGUAUCUGUGGCUGGCUGGGGAGUAGAAAAUGGAACAGAAUACUGGAUUGUUCGCAACUCAUGGGGUGAACCCUGGGGUGAAAGAGGGUGGCUCAGAAUUGUGACAAGUGCAUAUAAAGGUGGAAGAGGAGCAGAGUACAACCUUGCUGUUGAAGAGGACUGUGCAUAUGGAGAUGUUAUCCUUCCUUGAUUCUACACUGUGCAUCUUUUUUUUUUUUAGUAACUUUGGAAUCUUCCCAGCACAACCUUGUUCUGUUUAAAGAAUAGCCUAAAACUUUCACAGCACAACUCUAUCAUGCUGUUGUGCAAAACUAGCCCAGAUAAUGCAACACUGAGUCUUCAAGGUAAAAUAAAUGCAAAGCUGCCUUCAGAUAAUAAUUUAGAAUUUAAAAUUAAAGAAGUAAUUUACCUAUGAAAACGGUUGUCUGCCUUGUUGCACAGUACUUUAAUCAUACUGUCUUCCAGAAGCUGUAUGUAAAUCCUUGUGUUUAUAUAUGUACUUUUUUAUAAAUACAAAUGACAUAUUGUACUAAGACAGAAAAAAUACACACAGUAUUUGGAUCUAGAGCUUAUACUGAAGUAGCAAAUAAUUGUAUGAUAUUUGCGUAACACUUUAUGCAGAUUUAAAAACAAACUUAAGUCUGGACAUGAUAUACUCAAAAACUAAAUCCUCCUUGGCCUCCUAGUUAAAAAAUGUUGCUGCAAGUCUCUUUGCUUUUAUCCAACCAAAGUGAUAACAGGAUUUAAAUCUUUCAUUUGUUCUAAUUCCUUGCUUUAAUUUUAUGACUGGCUUUGAUAUUUUGCUUCUAGAAAGGCAAAGUAUAAAUUGCUACAAGCCAGAGCUCUCCUCCUGCUCACUAAUACAAGGAAAGGCUGCAAAAUUCUCUUCCUUAAAACUGAGUCAAUUACUAAGUGGCAAUCAGUGCUACAUCAAGUGUCACUAACUGGCAUUGUUAAUUGUAUUUAAUAAACUGACAACAUUAUCUUA